AGCUGUGCCUCGGGGGAAUUGUGGCCGCCACAGGUGCAGAAGCAGUUCCCCCGACUGGCCUGACUCUACUGCCAGGGGCUGCCCAAAGGGCCCAGCAGUGAGGGCCACUGGAGCCCAUCUCCGGCAGGGCUGGGCAGGAAGCAGGGUGGGGUUUGGGGUGGAAUCUGCCUGCUGCAACCCAGACUCAUCAACCUACUGGAAGAAGAUGCCUGGGGGCACAGGAGUUUCCCGAGCUCUGCGGGUCACCAUUCUCUGCUUUCUAUCUGCAGCCAGCUUGGGACCUGGGUGCCAGGCCACCCUACGGGUGCACAGUGGCCUAACAUCAGUGACAGUGAGCACUGGGGAUGAGGCCCACCUCCAGUGCCUGAACAAUGGCAACAACUCCAACAUCACGUGGUGGCACAUCCUCCAGGGCAACUAUACAGGGAUCCCAGUGUUAGUGGGUCACACUCACGGCCAAAGGGGCGAGUGGGUCAUCCCAAAUGUGAACAAGAGCCACGGGGGCAUGUACCGCUGCCGAGUGGAAGCUGGGGGGACAGCACUGCAUUCCUGUGGCACCUACCUUCGAGUGCGUGAGCCACUCCCCAGACCCUUCCUGGAUAUGGGAGAGGGCACCAAGAAUCGCAUCAUCACAGCCGAAGGGAUCAUCCUGCUGUUCUGUGCUGUGGUGCCCGGGACGCUGCUGCUGUUCAGGAAGCGCUGGCAGAACGAGAAGUUUGGGGUGGACCCCCGGGAUGACUGUGAAGAUGAAAACCUUUAUGAGGGCCUGAACCUCGAUGACUGCUCCAUGUACGAAGACAUCUCCCGCGGCCUCCAGGGCACCUACCAGGAUGUGGGAAGCCUCCACAUUGGAGAUGUCCAGCUGGAGAAGCCAUGACCACCCCCUCACACAUGUCGGGAGGCCCCUGCCUGCUUUACACCCACCUCCAAGGUCUCCUCGCACCCGGAACAGUCUCUCAGCUCCUCCCCGGGAGCUUCCGCCUGGAGUGUCCCAAUCCCCACCUAAAGCAGUCCUCCCGCUGUUGUCUUUCCCAGGCUCCCUCCCUAGUGGGUAAUGAGCCCUUAAUCGCUGCCUCUAGGGGAGCUGAUUGCGGCAGCCUCCUUAGUGUCCCCCCUCCCCCCAGAUCUGUCACGGCCACUUAGUGAUAAUAAAUCCUCCU